AAGAAAGAGAGAGAGGGGCGCAGAGAACGAUGAGUUACCUAAUGACGACGCUGACGAAAAAGCGAGAGGUGGACACAAUCAUCAGAGACACCAUCGACAAGGUCCUCGUCCUCCGUUUCGGCCGCGCUUCCGACCCUGUCUGUCUCCAUCUCGACGACCUCCUUCGUAAAUCCUCUCGGGAGGUCUCUAAGUUUGCGACGGUAGCACUCGUAGAUAUCGAUUCCGAGGAAAUUCAAGUUUAUGUCAACUAUUUUGACAUUUCUUUUAUACCGUCCACGAUUUUCUUCUUCAAUGCUCACCACAUGAAGAUGGAUUCUGGUACUGCAGAUCAUACUAAAUGGGUAGGUGCAUUUCACAAGAAGCAAGAUUUCAUUGAUGUUGUGGAGGCAAUAUAUAGAGGGGCCAUGAAAGGCAAGCUGAUAGUGAGUUGCCCUCUGCCUUCAGAGCGAAUACCAAAGUAUCAAUUGUUGUACAAGGAUGUGUAGAAGGUGGAUUAGCCUCAGUAAAGUCUCAGCUAAGCAUUUUUAUUAUCCUACAUGAUACACCGAGCUCU